AAUUUUCAGAUUGACAGUAGACUUUAGUAUUUUGUAGUUAUACGCGUGCGGUCACACUAGUGCACCGCUGCUUAAAUAACAAUCAAUGAGUUAUUUAAAACUCUCACUUGAUUUCGUGAAAUUAUGCAUCAUAUUUAAUUGUGCACACAAAGGACUUUUGUUUUCGGGGCGGCUGGUCGUCGGUGUCAGCAAGGCGUAGGCGUGUGGUGACCACAACAAAUAAAUCUCAGUACCAACAGCAUUGUGAGCGACGAUAAAUUGCGCGCGUCCCGCUUUGGAAAAAACGGCACGUGCUUGUUUGCAACGAAUUGCAGCAAAAUAUGAACGAGGGCCGCUAUGGUAGAUUUGGAGCACUCAUUGGCGUUGCGUACGUGAGCAGCACCCAUUGCCGAUUUCUGAUUUACUCGACAAAAAAUGCAGAAGUGCUGGCCUAUCACGAGCUCAAACUGCGGCAGAUAGUGCAUAAUGCCGGUUGGCUGGAAUACGAUCCCGCAGAGAUAUGGAAGCACAUGCAAGAGUGCAUUGAGACAGCCUAUAAAAACCUGGUGAUACUGGAAAUCAGUCCGCAUGACAUCAUUGCUGUGGGCAUUGCCAAUCAACGCGGCACCACAGUGCUAUGGAAUAAGCGAACGGGUCAGGCCUUGCACAAUGCCAUUGGUUGGUCCGACUGCCGUAGCACGGCGUUGCUAAAGUCACUCCUUCAUAAUGUCAAGCGUAAUGUGAACUAUUUGCGCUAUCGCAGUGGUCUCCCACUUAGUAGCUGUUUUAGCGCUCUGAAGAUCAAGUGGCUGCUGGAGAAUGUGCCGGCGGUGGGCAAGGCCAUUGAGGAGGAUCAGUGCUUGUUUGGUACGCUGGAUUCCUGGCUGAUAUGGAAUUUAACUGGUGGCGUCGAUGUGGGCGUUCAUUCCACAGACGUGACCAAUGCACACUACACAUCGCUUAUGAAUGUCGCCACACAGCAAUGGGACAAUAAGCUGUGUAAAUUCUUCAAACUGCCAAUGGGCAUACUGCCGCGCAUUCGCUCAAAUUCAGAGAUCUUCGGUUACAUUGUUCAGGGUGCUCUGAUGGGCGUGCCCAUUGCGGGCGUAAUGGGCGAGCAUCCAGCUGCUCUGCUGGGACAGCUGUGCGUCAAGGCCGGUCAGAAUGUUUGUACACUGGACGACAGCUGUUUUGUACUGUUGAACACGGCGCAGCAGAGAGUGGAGUCGGAGAAUGGGUUGAUAACUGGCAUAGCGCACAAAUUGGGACCCACAGCAGAUACGCAUUUCACGCUUGAGGGAGCCAUUUCCAAUGCGGGAUCCACUGUUAAUUGGCUGCGUCAGGGACUGCGAAUCAAUACCGAAAUCAAUUCCAAUGACAAUGUUGUCGAAUCGCUGAACACAUUUUUGGGCGAGAGCUCAAUGAUCUCUUCCUCUUGCUCCUCAAGCAUGCUCAAUGCGGAGUGCGGACUGGCGGCCAAGCGUUCAGAGAUCACCUUUGUGCCCGCCUUCCAUGGCUUAUACGCGCCCUACUGGCGCUAUGAUGCGCGCGGAAUUAUACUUGGUCUGACCAGCCAAACGACGGCCGAGAACAUUACACAGGCUGCCUACGAAGCGACUGGCUUCCAGAUCUACGAAGUGCUGCAGGCCUUCAAGCGAGAUACGCCCAACUGGGACCCGUCAUGCAUGCAGCCGGUCUUGACAUUUGGCGGCGAGUAUGCGGAGGACAUUCAUCUGGUGCAGUUUGUGGCGGACAUUAUUGGCUGGAUGCUCGAACGGCCGCAGACAACAUCGCCCGCUGGUCUGGGUGCUAUGAUAGCUGCUGGCAUAACUAUGCGUGUGGUCUCCCUGCCAUAUGCGACGCGUAUGUAUGCGCCACCCACAGACGUCUUCUCACCCACAACUACUCAGAAUCGUCGCGAACUGCUUUAUCGUCGCUGGGACUAUGCGGUCAAGAAGUGCUUGAACUGGAAUAAUUAUGAGACUUAUGAUUCGGAUGUGGAGCUGUUUGCUCAGCGUGAACGGGAUCCCAAUUUGCCAAUACGUCGCUCAAUACCGGGCAGUGUGUUUCUAACCACAUCCUUCGCGUUGCUGUUGUUGGCCAGUUUUUUAAAGAACAAUCGCUUAGCUUAGGCGCUGCGCAUUUCGCA